GUUUUUACAAAGGAUAUGGCUACUGUAAUUAUAAUUGUGUGCAAGAAGAAGAAGAACAUGAUGGAGACUACUAGUGUAUGUGGAAUGGAGGCAGCCACACGUGGCCUUGUGGAGGGUAGCAGUUCCCCUCCAGCUAGUGUGACUCCUUCUCAAGAUAACCUUGGGGAGUUUGGAGGACUGAUUAACUCCUGCUGCAACGAGGAGGUAAGAGGGGAGACACCUGGGAGAGAAGAUUGCCAGAUUGACCCCCUUGAAGGCGAACUGGACUCGAGUGGUGAUCAGAACAAGGACCAAAAUAUGUUUGGAAAAGAGGUGCUGUUACUGAUGCAAGCCCUUCACACUUUAGGACCACCUACAGUAUAUACCUACUAUGCUCUUUGCAAAAAGUAUGCUGACCUGCUAGAAGACAGUCGCAGUAUGCAGAAGCAAGUGAAGGUGCUGCAGAAGAAGCAGACACAGGUCCUCAAAGAGAAGAUCCAUCUUCAGAGUGAACACAGCAAGGCUAUUCUGGCUCGCAGCAAGCUGGAAAGCCUUUGCAGGGAACUACAACGGCACAACAAGACCCUGAAGGAGGAGAACACCCAGCGGUUCAGAGAAUACGAAGAGAGGCGUAAGGAGGCCACACUUCAUUUUCAGAUGACUCUCAAUGAGAUCGAAAUGCAGAUGGAGCAGCACAAUAACCACAACACCAAGCUGAGGCAGGAGAACAUGGAGCUUGCUGUGAAACUCAAGAAGCUCAUUGAGCAGUAUGAGCUGCGGGAAGAGCACAUUGACAAGGUGUUCAAGCACAAGGAGCUUCAGCAGCAGCUGGUUGAUGCAAAUCUUCAGAGGACGGCCGAGCUGAUGAGAGAGGUGGAAGAGAAGCAGCAGAAAGAGAGAGAACUUCUCCUGAAAGAUGCGACAGAAUCAAGAAACCUUUAUUCAUUACAUGCACACUUCAAGCACAGUGAAAUUCACCCUCUGCAUUUAACCCAUCUGAAGCAGUGAACACACUCAGAGCAGUAGGCAGCCACACCAGAGCGCUCGGGGAGCAGUCAGGGGUCGGGUACCUUGCUCAAGGGCACCUCAGCCCAAGGCCGCCCCAUGUUAACCUAACUGCAUAUCUUUGGAUUGUGGGAGAAACCGGAGCACCCGGAGAACAUGCAAACUCCACACAGAAAGGCCCUCGCCGGCCGCUGGGUUCGAACCCGGAACCUUCUUGCUGUGAGGCAACCGUGCUAACCACUACACCAC